UGUGAUUCGUCUCACGUGGACUAAAUUUCUAUACCCUCUUCUCGUUCACGCGCCUAGCCUUUCUUCUGCCGCUACUUUUUAUUUAGCCAGAAACAGUAGGCUUCUAUCCUAUGCCACAAGGAAUCUUUCUCCCGAACACCAGAAAAGGAAAAUCAUGGUCGUUGGCUUGAGAGAUGGUUUGGUAGAAACUGACGCGGAGACUUUGGAACUCUACUUUAAAGCAUACGGCCGAAUCGAGCAUGCAAAGAUAGUUCGCGAUCAAUUGAGUGGGAAAUCUAAAGGCUAUGGGUUCGUGACAUUUGAAAGUCCAAGCGUUGCAGGGAAAGUUCUUUCCUCACCAAACCACCGUAUCGAUGGCAAGGACGUGCAAGUGUUAUUAGCAUUGAGAUCUCAGAAAAAAUUCCGCGAAUCGCCAAUUGCAAAAGAUAUCCAGUCACAAGAACUGCAAGAAAGGAAAAUAUUUGUAUCUGCGCUCAAAACUGGUGAAUAUAGAACAACCGAACGGGAUUUGAAGGAUUAUUUUUCAAACUUUGGAGAAGUUGAAGAUGCCAUGAUUGUUUUUCCGAAAAGUUAUGGGUUUGUAACAUUCAAAAAUCCGGCGACUAUCAAAGAUGUCUUGUCAAACCCUAUGCAUAUCAUUAAAGGGUGGAAGAUAAAUGUGGAAAGACCUUUUAAGACUAAAGACAAAACUGAGAUCGCACGAAAGAGAGAAAGGACGAUAAAUGUCUAUGGUCUUUCCCCUGAAAUAUCAGACAAUGACCUCCUCGAGCAUUUCUCAAAUUUUGGGGAGGUGGAGCAGGUUAUUGGAAGGGAUUCUGACAGCAGCCAAAACAGUCAAUGCAUGGUUGUGUUUAAGAGAGAAGGUGCAGCCAAAAUGGCUUUGAAGCAACAAGUGCAAGUGAUUGCAUCUCAGUUAAAAAUUUAUGUAAAACCAUUGUCUGUCAAUAAAGAAUCAAACAAAGUACUGGUACGUGGUGCCCCUGCAGAUGUUACCUUGGAAGCAUUACAACUCUACUUUGAACAGUUUGGAGACAUUGUGCGAAUGGACCUAACAUCAGAUCAUCAUCGUCCCACACAUGCUGAUAUCCAUGGCUUGAAAUAUCGAAUCAACAUAGGUUGGCCCACUGUUGAGUUUGCAAAUGUAGACGCUGUGGAGAAAGUCUUACUACAUGAUCAUGUGAUCUGUGGCCAGGAUGUUGACGUAAGGAGAGUGGAUGAAAGGGCUUUGUCAACCGGUGCAUUUAAAUUAGAGACAGAGCGAAGCAUGAUGAUUCUAAUUGAUGAUCUAGAUCGGAACGUUAGCAAGGAAACUAUCAUUGAUUAUUUCACAGGUCAGUCACUGAUGGUUCAGUCUGUGGUGCUUAGGUUGGAGAGUAAUGCCUCUAUGUCUUGUGUGGUGGGGUUUUGGAAUUUGGAUGACGUUGAUGAAGUUGUCAAUCAAGCAUCAAAACAAGAUGGUAUUUUAUUUAUUGGUGGUAAGCCAGCAUUUGUGCGACGCCUUCAUUGGGAGAGUACGCAAGAAAACAUGGAAAACAAUACACGAGGAGACUUGUUAAAUGAUUAUUAGAGCAACUUUUGACUAAAAAUUUUAAACCGUAAGAGUGACAAGCAACAAAUUUCUCCUAACAAUAAUUAUGAUCCCUGAAUCAUGCACUAAGGUUACCAGAACAAAUAACUAACUUAUGGUAGCCCACCAGCCACAGACUAGAAGAAAUUCAGUUUUGGCUAGUGGUUUUCAAUUUCCAGUAGCCAGUUUGGCUAGUAAACAAA